AUGUGUGCUAAAGAGGAGAAGGUGAAGACGGAUCUUCAUUGGGACUGGAUGAGGGACGAGGUGCACCACAUGUACCACCAAUAUUGGCAGAGCCGCCACGCUGCGGUUCUUUCCCUUGGCAUUGUUGCAGAGAGAUGCUCAAGUCUAAAGGAGUCGAUACACAGUUGGGAUCAAAUGGCAGGAAGAAUUAUAAGAAGUGUCAAAGAAGACAUGCACCCUUGUGUGCGUUUGACAGCUUUAUAUACAAUUAAACAAUUUUCCAAGAAUUUGAAACCUGAAUUUCAAGACCAGUAUCGUGACCAAGUUCUUCCUGCAUUAACGAAAGCCAUGGAUGAUUUCAAUUAUCCCCGCGUUCAGGUGCAAGCUUAUUCAGCAUUGUUUGAAUUCACCUCGAACUGCACUCCAAGUAUUCUAAAUCCUUACCUAAAAGAAAUUGUCACCAAAUUGCUCAAAGAAUUAAGGGAUCAGUUUGCAGAGUAUUACAGUACUGUCAUGCCUUACCUUAAGGUUAUAAUGAUGACUGCGAAAAAAGAACUUGAUCACAACCUUCUUGCCAAUUCCGUGGAUUGCAUCACUAUGGUUUGGAUGGCUGUAGGAAAGGAGAAGAUCAGAGAUGAUACUGAUAUGGCAUGGGCCAGACUGGGGAAAUGCUUGGGAAAAGAAUUCAAACCUUAUAUGAGUGUCUCCAUUCCUCGUUUGCUCAGGUCUGCUAAAAUUGGAUCAUAUGUCCUUAUACCUGAGAAUCCUGACAAUGUUGAUGAAUCAGACGGAAGUAUCAGGGCCCUGAUUCUUGGAGAACGAAAGAUAUGGAUCAAGACUAAGGUCCUGGAGGAGAAAGUUGCAGCUUGUAAAGGGCUGUAUUUACUUGCUGAUGAGUUGAAGGACGGACUUUCUGUAUGGAUCGAAGAGGUUGCUCAGACUUUAGUUCCAUUUCUCAACUUUCUACUCAACGAAGAGAUUCGAAGAGUUGCUGCUUCAGCCAUGCCAGUGCUAUUAAAAUCAUCUAAAGAAGCAAAACAAAAAGGGAAUCUUGAAUUGUCUGAUGAAUCUCCUUUCGAGAAGUUAUGUUCUGAUGUGUUACCAGCUUUGGUAAAAGCACUAAGUAAGGAAUCCUUGCCCGAAAUUGCUGCAAUAAUUUUGGACUCAUUGGAGGAAUGCAUGAAGAUGUCUGGACCUGUUCUAGAUGAAGACCAGACUGAACUUGUUCUUGAAGAAGAUAAUGAAUGUUUUGAAUUCAAGAAGCAAAGUAGGGGACAUUGA